AUGACCGCCGCAGCCCCGGAGUCUAUCCAUGUCGAAGCCAAGGGCUCUUUUGACGAAUCUAUCGAAGAACUUCCUAUUCCAGAAAAACCUAUAGAGAACGAUGAUAAUGACAAUGACAAGAAGAAGGAAGCCAAAGAAAAAACCAAAGCCGUACCAAUCUAUAGACUGUUUCGAUUUGCCACAACGUUUGACCUUAUACGGAUUUGCCUUGGUAUCAUUCUUUCGGCCGGCAUUGGGGCUAUGCAGCCUCUUAGUAUUAUUAUCUUUGGUGAUAUUCUUGGAAAUAUUUCGUUUUCGAUCGACAGUCCAUCGGCUAUGCUCGAUUCGGCCAUGCCAAUGAUUCUCAUCUUUGUCUAUAUGGGUACUGCCGCCACCGUUGCUGCUUAUUCUACAAACUGCAUUUGGAUUCUCACGGGGAGGAAUCAGACUCGACGAAUUCGCGCAGCUUACGUUCACGCGAUUUUACGUCAGGACAUGAGCUGGUUUGACAAGGCUGAAGAAGGUUCUCUCAAUACCCGCUUGGCAUCAGAUACCCAGCUCAUCCAAGAUGGUAUCUCUCAGAAAUUCGGUCUUCUUAUUACAGCCAUCUCAACAUUUAUUACGGGUUUUGUGGUUGCUUUCGUGGAAGGUUGGGAGCUCGCCGUAGUGAUUUUAGCCACGCUCCCCCUCUUGGCUGGUACAGGUGGCGCCAUGGGGUAUUUCAUGACGUUAUUUACCACCAAAACACAGGAUUCUUAUGCUGACGCCGGUGCGGUUGCGGAACAAGCUUUUUCUGGAAUUAGAACUAUUUACUCGUUUUCGUUACAAGAUCGAUUCGGCCACCGUUACAAUAAAUUGUUAAAGAAGGCCACCGCAACAGGUAUCAAGCGCGGUAUUGUCCUCGGUCUCGGUUUCGGUAUCUUCAUGCUCGUUCUCUUCUGUACUUAUGGUCUGGCUUUCUGGUACGGCGCGAAGCUGGUAAUCGACGGAAAAAUUGACGGCGCCACCGUGAUGGUCGUGUUUUUCACCAUGAUCAUUGCCGCCUUUGCCCUUUUACAAUUGCCUCAGAACGUGUCGGCUGUCUCUAACGCUGCCGGUGCUGCUUACAAAAUCUUUGCCACUAUCGAUCGUAUUCCUGAAAUCGAUGUCGACUCUGAAAAAGGCAUUGUCCCGGACUCCCUCAAGGGAGAAAUCGAAUUUCGAAACGUUGAGUUCAAGUAUCCUACUCGCCCCGAUGUUCCCAUUCUAAAGAAUUUGAGUCUCAAAGUGAGCCCUGGCAUGACUGUCGCUUUCGUGGGUCCCUCUGGUUCGGGCAAGUCCACGAGUGUGCAAUUGAUUCAACGUUUCUAUGAUCCUUUAGCGGGGCAGGUGCUUUUGGAUGGUCGUGACCUGAAGACAUUAAACGUUAAGUGGCUGCGUGACCAAAUUGGUGUUGUCAGUCAGGAGCCGGUCCUUUUCAAUAUGACCAUUCGGCAAAACCUGUUGAUGGGUGUUCAACAUGAAGUCACUCCGGACGAAAUUGUCGAUGCUUGCAAGAAAGCUAACUGUCACAUGUUUAUCACCCAGCUGCCCAAUGGUUACGAUACGAUUGUAGGAGAACACGGAGGUAUGAUGUCGGGUGGCCAGAAACAACGUAUUGCUAUCGCUCGUGCUAUCCUCAAAAAUCCCGCUAUUCUUUUGUUGGAUGAAGCCACUUCUGCUCUAGACACGCAGUCGGAGCGUCUUGUGCAGAAAGCAUUGGAUGCUGCUUCCACGAAUCGGACUACGAUUGUUAUCGCCCAUCGCUUAUCCACGAUUCGUAAUGCCGAUCUCAUUGUUGUUAUGCAGGAGGGCGACCUUGUGGAACAAGGAACGCAUAACACGCUUCUUGCAUUGGGGGGUGUCUACGCGGAGCUGGUGAAGAAGCAAGAAAUUGCAACGAAAGAGAUUGGUCACGUAGAACAAGAGGUGGAUGACGAACAGUUGCUGCUCAAGGAGACCAUUCAGUUGAAGGAAGAAAAGGAAGCUGCCGAAGCAAUUCAAGUUGUGACGGAAAAGGAAGACGGUUACAAACUUACCAAGACCGCCAGCCGUUCUUCCAUCGACGCGUUUCAAUUGAAGUUGGAGAAGAAGAAGGCCGAGAAGAAACUAGCCAAGAAGCAGAAAGCUCCUAUGGGUAGAAUUCUCAAGCAAAUGCGUCCAGAAUGGCCCUUACUCGCUUUGGGUGUGGUUGGUGCUGCUAUUUCCGGUGCUGUAUUCCCUUGCUUUGCGUUGGUUCUCAGUCAAGUCAUGAAUCUGCUCAUCGUCAACACGGCCGAUCCAUCCAGACAUCAUUUAAUCGCACCCGGACCCAUGCAAGGCGCGAAUCUUUAUUCUUUUCUUUUCGUUGUACUCGGAAUCGUCGCUCUUAUUGGCAUUGCUGUGGAAAUCAUCAGUUUUGAAGUCGCAGGUGAACGCUACACAGGACGGCUUCGUGGUAGGCUUUUCCGAACCUUUUUAAAGCAAGAAAUUGGCUAUUUCGACGAAGAAGAUCACAGUAUGGGUGCCUUGACGGCCAAGCUGGCAGUAGACGCCAAGAACAUCAAUGAGAUGGUCACAAAAUCGUGGAGCAGUUUUACUGAAAUUAUAUGCACAGCUGUCACUGGACUUUCGAUUGCUUUCGCUCACAGUUGGACCCUAACCCUGAUUAUUUUGUGCAUGGCUCCUUUCGAAAUUGCUGCUGCUGCCUAUGAGAUGAAGGUAGAGGGUGGCUUUGAAGACGAGACGCAAAAAGCGAAUGAACAGAGUGGUGAAGUGGCCGGUGAAGCUAUCAAGGAAAUUCGUACUGUGGCUGCAUUGAAUAAGCAACCGCAAUUCGAGAGCAAGUACUACAGGGCCCUCGAUUAUCCACACAAACUGACUCAACGCAAGGCGUUCACUUCUUCCAUUGGUUAUGCUUGCCAUCAAGGUGUAACUCUCUAUACAAAUGCUGUUGCUUUCUACGCUGGAGUUCGUUUGAUGAGUGAAGGCAAGAUCGACUUUCUUCAAAUGUUUACGACCAUGAUGGCUAUCAUGAUUACAGCUCAAGGUAUUGGUCGCGCCAGUGCAUUCGCUUCUACCUUUGCCAAGGCCAAGUUCGCCGCUAUCUCCACUUUCGCAGUGUUUGAUCGGAAGCCCACUAUUGAUCCUGAUAUGGAAGGCAUCGAGACGGAUAAGGUUAUUGGUGAAAUUGAGUUCAAAGACGUCGCUUUCCGAUACCCAUCACGUCCGGAUAUAUCGAUUUUUCACGGUGAAUUCAACUUAUACGGCAAAGCUGGUACAACUAUUGCUCUUGUGGGGCCUUCUGGUUGUGGCAAGUCAACCACCAUUGGUAUGCUUCAGAGAUGGUACGAUCCCGCCAGUGGCACGGUACGCUUGGACGACCAUAAUGUGAAAUCGUUUUCUUUGGAUAACCUUCGCAGCCAUAUGGCUUUGGUGAGUCAAGAACCGGUCUUGUUCGAUAUGUCAAUUGGUGAGAAUAUACGGUUUGGCGUUGAAGAAAGCAAGAAUGUCACACAAGAAGAAGUCGAAGCAGCUUGCAAGGCGGCCAAUAUCCACAAGUUUAUUACACAGUUACCGGAUGCUUAUGACACUCGCGUCGGCGACAAAGGAAGUCAAUUGUCAGGUGGCCAAAAACAGCGUAUAGCAAUCGCUCGUGCAUUGAUUCGCAAGCCCAAGGUACUCCUGUUGGAUGAAGCCACAUCAGCUUUGGACAGUGAAUCGGAGAAAUUGGUGCAAGCUGCCAUCGAUAACAUUCUCGAAGAAGGAGGACGCACUACUAUUACUAUUGCUCACCGCUUGUCCACCAUUCAGGGCGCAGAUCUGAUCUGUGUUGUAAAGAACGGUCAAGUAAUCGAGCAAGGCACUCACUGGGAACUGUUGAAACUUAACGGAGCUUACAGUGAGCUCGUCCAUCAACAAUCGUUGAACGCUCAUUAA